AUGGACCGUCUUAAUCGGAUGCUGCAAGCUGCCCAGGGCAUGGGAAUGGGCAGCGCUGCUCCAGGUGGUGACACACCAAACCUGAUUGAUAACUCCGAAACCGUCCAUAUCUCUUCCUUGGCUUUGUUGAAGAUGUUGCGCCAUGGCCGCGCCGGUGUACCUAUGGAGGUCAUGGGCCUGAUGUUAGGAGAAUUCGUGGAUGAGUACACAGUUCGAGUAACGGAUGUAUUCGCCAUGCCCCAGAGUGGUACUGGUGUUAGUGUUGAAGCCGUGGAUCCAGUGUUCCAAACUAAGAUGAUGGAGAUGCUACGACAGACAGGACGACCGGAAACCGUUGUCGGCUGGUACCAUUCUCACCCUGGUUUCGGCUGCUGGCUUUCUUCCGUCGAUAUCAACACCCAACAAUCAUUUGAGCAGCUUACCCCCCGUGCUGUCGCUGUCGUCGUUGAUCCUAUCCAGUCCGUUAAGGGCAAGGUUGUUAUCGAUGCUUUCCGUCUUAUUCAACCUCAAACUGUCGUUAUGGGCCAAGAGCCACGUCAAACAACUUCCAACUUGGGUCACUUGAACAAGCCUUCCAUCCAAGCCUUGAUCCACGGCCUGAACCGCCACUACUACAGCAUUGGAAUCGCCUACCGGAAGACUGGAUUGGAAGAGAAUAUGUUGAUGAACUUGCACAAACACGUUUGGACCGAGGCCCUUCAAAUGAAGGAUUUCCAUGAGGAAGGGCACCACAAUGUAGACCAGAUGAAGCAGCUGGUCAGCCUUGCUGAGGGCUACGAGAAGCGGGUGAAGGAAGAGACUGAGUUGACCAAGGACCAGUUGAAGACACGAUAUGUUGGCAAGGUGGAUCCCAAGAAACAUAUUGAGGACUUGAGUCAGCAAUUGAUUGAAGACAACAUUGUUGCUGUCUCUAGGCAGAUGAUCGACAAGGAGGCAUCAGUAGCACGCCAGGAGUCGACAACUAAAGAUGGAACCAAUGGUGCUUCCAUGGAGGUAGAUGAGGAGCUUUAG